AGAUCUACUGAUGCCUUUUGUUUACAUACACGUCACCAGGAAGUUCAUCCAAAAUGUUGGGACAGGACUCCCAGGCUGAUGUCCCUCUUUUUGAUGAGGAUGAGAAUGACAGCAAGAACAAGACAAAAAUCCAACAUCCUUUGGCCUCUUUCUUCCACCUGUUCUUUCGCAUAAGUGCCGUCCUUGUCUACUUGUUGUGUGAGUUUAUCAGCAGUAGCUUCAUUGCCUGUAUGGUCACCAUAAUUCUACUGCUGUCAUGUGACUUCUGGACAGUCAAGAAUGUCACUGGACGGCUGCUGGUGGGACUGAGGUGGUGGAAUCAAGUUGAUGAGAAAGGGAAGAGUCACUGGGUGUUUGAGUCCAGAAAGGCAAACAGCAAAAAGGUUGUCUCAAGUUCAGAGUCACGGAUUUUCUGGCUUGGUCUUAUUGUGUGUCCAAUCUUAUGGGUUGUCUUUGUGUUCUCUACUCUCAUUUCCUUCAAAAUCAAGUGGCUGGCAGUGGUGAUUAUGGGAGUUGUAUUACAGUGGGCUAAUCUCUAUGGGUAUGUUCGAUGCAAAGUUGGAGCUGGAACCAACCUGAGGAACAUGGCAACCAACUAUCUUGGCCUUCAGCUUUUUAAGCAGGCUAUGAACAAAUCACAAGGACCCUAAUGUGCCUACAAUUGACAGUGUUGGUGCUGCUAAUGUUAACUAAUGUAACUUUUUUUUGGCAUUCAGAGGGAAGCUCAACUGUACCUUCUUUUAAUUUUAUUUUCAUUUCAUUUUCAUUCUCAAACCAAGUGAAUGUGGAUAAGUUAUUUUGGCUUUUUUAUUUUAUUAAAUCAGUAGAGUAAACAGAUUUCUCAAGUUUAUUUUCCAAUCCCAUUUGAAUAUAGUGGGAUAAAAAUUACAGCAAUAUGUUGUCCAGAAUAUAAGUAGAAUAUAUAGUUAUAUAUUUUAAAUAUGUAUUUAAAAACUACAUUUUGUACAUUUCAUUAAUCAUAACAAUAAUCCUAUUCUGCUUCUUGACUGUUAGUGAAACUGCACUUUUUAGUAACCUAUGACUUCUGUAAUAAUUCCAUAUACAUUCCUGAAGGAUGCAUGAGAGAAGCAUUAUAAAAAUAUGGGACUAGUUCUUUUGGCUGGUGUUUGUAAUAAAACAUCUAAAGAA